UAAGAGCCACUGCACCAGCAGCAUGCUGUCACCAAGGAGCUAGCAAUCUAGCAUAUUAUGUGAAGGAUGUAAGUGGCACCCAGCUGACGUCUGGAAGGCUGGCUGCAGACCGUGUGUGAAGGUAGCUCCCAAUCAGAGAGCUGUGAGAGGGCAGAGCCAGCCCUGCCCAAGCCCUGUGUCUGUGUGACAGUCACUCAGUCCUUGCUGCCGUGUGUCUAUCCUCUGCACUCCUAUAGGAGACUGUGCCCAGUGCCAGGCCAGCAGCAUGUCCAGAGAUACAGGUGGAGGGCCGCCAGACUCGGACUUGAAGAUUUCGCUGUCAGAAUGUAUGAACGCGUUGGAUAUGUUCUUGAACAACAACUUCCAGGAGGCUCUCACCUACCUCCAAGCCAAGUCCAAGGAGAGCAUGUACCAUGUCCUUACCUAUGCCACCAUACUGGAAAUGCAAGCCAUGAUGACAUUUGACCCUCAGGACAUAAUGAACGCUGGGAACACCAUGAAAGAGGCUCAGGCAGUGUGUCAGAGGUUCAGGAAGAAAUCUACUGUUGCGAACUCCUUUAACAAUUUAGUCCACGGCCAAAGUCUGGAUCAGUUCACAGAAGAGGAGAUCCACGCGGAGGUGUGUUACGCUGAGUGUCUUCUUCUGAGAGCGGCCCUCACGUUCCUGCAGGAUGAAAACAUGGUCAGCUUCAUCAAAGGUGGAAUCAAGGUCAGAAACAGUUAUCAGACGUACAAGGAGCUUGAUACUCUGCAGAAAUGCGCCAGUUACAUGAAAGGAGAAAGUCACUGUCACUUUGAAGGUGGAGUGAAGUUGGGAGUUGGAGCAUUUAAUCUGACGUUAUCAAUGUUACCCACCAGGAUAUUGCGGCUUCUAGAAUUUGUCGGAUUCUCCGGUAACAAGGACUAUGGACUGAUGCAGCUCCAGGAGGGGGCAGCCGACCACAGUUUCCGAGCCUUGCUCUGCACCCUGCUCCUCCUGUGCUACCACACCUUCCUGAGCUUUGUGCUGGGCACGGGCAAAGGAAACAUCGAAGAAGCAGAAAUAUUGCUGCAACCAUAUUUAAAACGCUACCCCAAGGGGGCCAUAUUCCUAUUUUUCGCUGGAAGAAUUGAAGAAAUUAAAGGCAAUGUUGACGCGGCUAUCACGAGGUUUGAGGAAUGCUGUGAAGCUCAACAGAACUGGAAGCAGUUCCAUCAUAUGUGUUACUGGCAGCUAAUGUGGUGCUUCUCCUACAAGCAGCAGUGGAAGAUGGCGUAUUUCUAUGCUGAUCUCCUUAGCAAGGAGAGCUCCUGGUCAAAGGCUACAUACAUAUACAUGAAAGCUGCUUACCUCAGCAUGUUCGAAGAAGAAGCCACAAAGCCUUUCGGAGAGGAUGAAGUUAAGCUUUUUAGGCAGGUGCCAAGCCUAAAAGUGAAAAUAGCCGGGAAAUCGCUUCCAACUGAAAAAUUUGCUAUAAGAAAAUCUCGGAGAUAUCAAGCUCAGAAUCCUGUGCCUUUACCCGUCCCCCCUUUGGAAAUGAUGUACAUCUGGAAUGGCUAUGCGAUUAUUGGAAAGCAGAAGAGCCUCACAGAAGACAUGUUACUCACACUGAGCAAGGCCGAGGAGGGUCUGAGGAAACUGCAAGGAACUACAGACACAGAUUUUCUGAUGGACGAUCAAUGUCUGGUGAAACUGCUGAAAGGUCUGUGCUUGAAGUAUCUGGACAGAAUGGGCGAUGCCGAGGAGUGCUUCAAAUACAUCCAGAAAAAUGAAAAGAAGAUUAAAUAUGAUGAAUACCUGGUACCCAAUGCACUGCUGGAGCUGGCUCUAUUGUAUCUUCAGCUAGACAGGAGGGAAGAGGCCAUUAAGCUACUUGAAAAUGCAAAACAAAAUUACAAGAAUUAUUCCAUGGAGUCUCGAACGCAUUUCAGAAUCCAGGACGCUCUACUACAAGCCAAAUCUGUUCCGAACGGUUGCUGACAAAUUCCCCCCCCCCACCCCGGGGAUGAACUUCCUAGUAUUUAUUUUACGAGAACUGCUAUUUCCCACAAAGAUGGGGUAAAGUGAAAGGACAAUGGUGGGUUGUAUGCUGGAUUCUCUAAAUUAUUUGUCCAAAGGUGAUUUCCACAGGGUAUUUUUUGUAGCCUUGAUCCUAAAUCUGGCUGCUUCUCCCUGUUACGAUCCUUAUGUUUUACUGAAAAUUCUUGACCGAGUUGUAAUGAUCAUCAAUCAGGGUUUUGAGAAUUUAUUUAUACUCUUUCCACAUUAGCUAUAAAAUGUUUGUUAUGUUGCAGUCUGUGAAAAAUUAAGUCAAUGUGUCCAACAAGACAAAGGGCUCACAGGUCAGGUUCAAUUUGGAGUUCUACCACUAGAUGGUGCUAGAUCAAACUUGAGGUUUUGGGCAGCAGUGGGACAUUGUUCCUUUGUUAUCAUGGCUGAAGCGGUCUGACACUUGUAUGAUGUUCUUAAAGGGAUGUUUUCACUAUAGUCGUGGGCUGCCCGGACCCCCACUGAUCCUCCGACUGACGGAGAAGCAGUGCUGGUUCAGCACUAAUGCUCCUUCACACAGCAGCACCGUCAGCCUCCUGCUAUGUGAGAAAUUACAACAUGCUUAGUGGCAGGGGUCCCAGAGGUCGGACCCCCACCAAUCAUAAUGUUAUGACAUUUCCUAAUAAUUGUGUAUUCAUGUAUCAAGGUGAUGAAAUUCAAUUCCCUUCUGCUGCCAUCACUCCCGACACGUCCAUUUUAGUAAAUAGAAGAAGCUCAUUCUCGCUCAUUGUCCCCUUAUUAGUAAUGAUUGCUGCCUUAAUAGGCCGGGACGAACCGGCUUUAGACCCUACAGGGAAAUUUCCCGGUCACCCAAGCCUUCCUCACGGCCGCUGGCUGGGUACAAAACGAACUGAUGCUCUAAGCAUUAAUUAAUACUAGGAGCAUCAGGUACUUAUGUACCUGGCCAAUGGACGCAGGUGCUCUCCUGAAUUCAACUGUAUUGCCAUCUUCAGGACAGGGAUACAGUUGAAUAUUGUGGUAUAGGCAGCACUAUUUUGUG